AUGAAAUCGCUCAAUACUGGACCAGCUCCCGAGCCAGAAGCAGCGAGAAAUGCCUCAAACUAUCCCUUCCUUCAUGGCCUUGAUGGCCUGACACUUUACGAAAAGAAAUGCGUUCUGGUCAACCGCGAGAUUGAUGCCCAGGGCAUGGGACGAUACCAGUGGUACAUAUGGGGUCUCUGUGGCUUUGGGUACAUGCUUGACUUGCUCUGGGCUCAAGCCUUUGGCCUAGUGCUCAGCCCUUUGCAGCAAGAGCUGGGAUUUGGUAACGAUGAGUCGGGCAACAUUUCAACCAGCUUCAACGCUGGACUGACCGCCGGGGCCUUUGUCUGGGGCCUUUUAGCAGACAUUAUUGUAGGCCGCCGUUGGGCUUUCAACCUAACCUGCCUCAUCUCAUCAGUUUUCGGGCUAUGUUUGGGUGCAUCCAACAGCUACAACACCUUUCUCGUCUUGACCGCAUUUGUUGGCGUCGGUGUCGGCGGCAAUAUUCCUAUUGACACUACAAUCACGCUCGAAUUCAUCCCUCAGAAUAAACGAUUCCUGCUGGCGUGCCUAUCCAUCUUUCAACCUAUUGGCGUCGUGAUCUGCAGCGCCAUAGCGUUUGGUUUCAUUCCAGUUUACUCAUGCUCUCCCAACUUUUCAGAGGCUGAGCCACUCCCCUCAUGCAAUGACAACGUAACGCAGACACCAUGCUGUUCACGUGCUGAUAAUAUGGGAUGGCGAUAUCUCCUAUUCACCCUCGGAGCAAUCACGCUGUCUAUCUUCAUUUUGCGGUUCUUUAUCUUCAAGUUCCGAGAGACACCAAAGUAUCUCAUUUACCGAGGACGCGAUGACGAAGCGCUGCAGACACUUCAACACAUGGCCAAGACAAACGGGAAACAGUGCAGCCUUACGGUCGAGAUGUUUGAGUCUCUAGAAUCCGAGCAGAGUUCCCUUGACAGCAGCUCUAGUGCGAGCCCUGCUCUAGGUGGAACAAGUCGGCACAUCGAGUGGAGAGAGAAGACCAAGUCUGAGCUGUCCCGAUACAAGAUGUUAUUUGACGGCUUCCAAAUGACUCGCCUCACGAUCUUGACUUGGUUGACAUACAUAAUGGAUUUCUGGGGCUUCACAGUGGCUGGUUUUUACCUGCCACGCAUCUUGGCUCUCAAGAAUGGCUCCGAGUCUGUCAGUCUAUCUUCAACCUAUGCGGCGUACAUAUACACAUAUGCUCCAGGAAUCGUCGGUGUACUUUUAGGUGCCAUGAUGUAUCGUAUUCCUGCCUUUGGGCGAAAAUGGACCAUGGUAUUGUCUGCCGCCUUGAUGGGCACAUCGAUCCUCCUCUUCUCUACUGUGGACACGAGGGCUAAAAACGAAGGACUUUUUGCCAUGGAAUAUUUCUUCCAGUCCAUGUUUAAUGCUGUUUUGUACGGUUGGACCCCUGAGGCAUUUCCAGCACCUGUUCGCGGUACAGCCUGUGGCCUUGCGGGGUUCUGGGGCCGACUGUUUGGUAUCGUCAGUCCCCUCAUUGCUCAGCAUCUUUACGGUCAAUCAACUGGAUCAGGAGGCGAAGGAGACAUCAACAGUGUCUUGUACCUGGCUGGAGGUGUCAUGCUGGGUUGUGUUAUUAGCACGGCACUGUUGCCAACAGAGCUGAUGGAAACAAAGGAUGAGCGUUCUUAG